AUGGCGAAGUCGAAGCGGAAGUCCGGGGUGCCGGACAUCGCAGGCAAGAAGGCCAAGCGGAAGGGCAAUGCCGCGGCGGAGAAGGAGAAUCCCUUCGAGGUGCUGCACAGCAAGCGGAAGUUCGCGACGCUCGGGGUCCGCGAGCGCGGGCCCAAGAAGAACAAGAAGACGCGCACGCGCCUCCGCACCGACGCGGACGAGGAGCGCAAGAGGACGCUCCUGGUCGAGUACCGCCAGCUCAAGAAGACCAACGCGUUCAUCGACAAGCGCUUCGGGGAGUUCGACCAGGGGCUGACCGAGGAGGAGAAGGCGAUCGCGCGCUUCCAGAAGCAGCGCGUCAAGGAGGCGCGGCGGGGGCGGUUCGCGCUGGGCGACGACGACGGCGACGGAGGCGACGGAGGGCUAGGGGACCUGACGCUGACGCACGGCGGGAUUCCGGUGGACGAUCUGGACGGGGACGGGCUCGGCGUGCCGGCAGCGUCGGACGACGAGGAGGGCGUCGACGACGAGUGGGUGCGCAGGGCGCACUUCGGCGGGGGGGGGGCGGACGCGGCCGAGGACGACGACGAGCGGCCGAAGAGCCGCAAGGAGGUCAUGGAGGAGCUCAUCGCGAAGAGCAAGAUCCGCAAGGCAGAGAAGCGCCGCGAGAAGGAUCAGGACGAGCGGCUCCAGGACGAGCUCGACGCGCAGCUGGGACCGCUGCUGGCGGAGCGCUUGGUGGCGAAGCGCGACAAGGCCGCGGCGCUCAAGAACGCGCUCGAGAGGCUCAAGUCCGGCGCUGGGGCCGCCGCGGCGGCGCCGGCGCGGCCGCCAGAGCGGAAGUACGAGCUCACGGAGAUCGACAAAGCCUAUGAUGCGGCGACGCGGGAGCUCAGGGAGACCCCGGGGGCACGCGCGCUGCCGUCGGACCGCGCACCCACGCAGGAGGAGGUCGCGGAGGCGGAGCGGAAGCGCGCGGAGGCGAUGGAGCGGCAGCGCGCGAGGCGCAUGCGGGCUGUGUCGGGCGACGACGACCCGGACCUGGACGCCGAGGAGGACGACGCGGCGCUGCAGGCUGCGGGGGGCUACCGGGCGCGUAGGGAGAGGGCGCGGCGGGACGCGGAGGAGGCGGCUGCAGAUGAGGAGGAGCGGGGCGGCGGGGGCGACGGCGGGGGAUCGGACGACUUCGACGGCGGGGAGGAGGACGGGAGCGGGGACGAGGGUCUCGCGGAGGUGGCGGACGCGGCGAACGCGAUGGGCGUGGGUGCGUUGCAGCUGCGGCAAAUGAUGCGCGCGCAGGGCGACCACCCGCUGCAGAAACAGUUCCGGCAGGUGAUGGCGGAGGUGCUGAUGCGGCACGGCCGCGAGGAGCUCAUGGGGGACAAGCAGCGGGGGGAGUUCGCCGAGCUCGAGGGCGCUGACUCAGGGGGGAGUGACUCCGAGGGGGGUGUCGAGCCCGCCAAGCCGCAGCGGGCAGCCGCGGCGCUGCGGGGCCCGCUGGACGUGUCCUUCACGCCCAGCGCGCCGUCGUCGUACGACGAGCUGCGCGAAAUGCUCCACGGACGCUCGCCAGGUGACGCUGCUGACGUGGUUGACCGGAUCUUGCGCGCGAACCGCGCGGAGCUGAACGCGGACAGCCGCCGCGGCAUGUCGGUGUUCUGCGCGCUGCUCGUGCAGUUCUUCGUGGACGCCUGCGGGGGGGGUGUCGAGGGCGCGAGCGUCGCGGAGGCGCUCGUGCCGGCCAUCCUGCACGUCACGGAGCUCGUGCCGGUCUACGCGGCCACGCUGGCCAGGGCGCGGCUCGAGCGGAUACACGCCCGCGUGUCCGACGGCAGCUGGCCGCUGCCAAAGCAGCUGUUGUACCUGUCGCUGCUCGCGACCAUCUUCCCCGUCACGGACGCCAAGCACGCCGUCCUGACCCCCGCGGCGCUCGUCGUCGCGCAGGCGCUCGCCACCCUCGACGUCAGCAGCACCGACGACGCAGUGCGGGGCCUCUACGCCUGCGGGCUCCUGACGAGGAUGCACUCGGGCGCCCGCCGCUACCCCUCUGAGGCCGUCUCCUUCCUCGCGCGCUUCUUCUCCGGGCCCUUGCCGCGCCUGCUGCGACUUGCCUCCGCGUCAGGCCACCCACACUCCAGCAAGGCAGUGCCGCUGUCGGUGCUGCUCGCCGCCGCCGGGCCCGAGCACCCCGCCGCCGACGAGGAGCGCGACGACGCGCCGGAGGACGCCGGCGACCUCGCCCUCGCCGCGCCGCUUGCCACGGCCGCGUUCCGCCAGGCGCGCCGCCUCGCAGAGGUGUGCGCGACGUCCCCGUCGGCGCCCGAGAUCCUAGCACCGCUGUGCGCCGCGAUCGACGCGCUCGCGACGGACCAGGGCGGUCGCCGCAAGGCCGGGAAGUCCCGGGCGUCGGGCGUGGCGGAGGCGGCAGCGGACACAGCGACGGCGGUGCGCGAGGUGAUGGAGAAGGCGCGGGCGUCGCGGCGGCCCGUCGUGCAGCGCUUCCGCGAGACGCGGGCCGCGAAGGCGACGUACAAUCCGCAGUUUGAGGACGACUUCGCGAAAGGGAAGGACUACGACCCAGACGUGGCGCGGGCGCAGGCGCGGCGAGCGAAGAAGGCCCUCGCGAAGGAGACGAAGGGCCUCAUGCGCGACCUACGCAAGGACACCGCGUUCAUGAUGGCCGUCAAGAGCCGCGAGCGCGCGACGCGCGAUGCGGAGCGCGUCGCUGGGCAGAAGCGGGCGCUGUCGCUCCUGGAGGCGCAGCAGGCCGACCUGAAGUCCGGCGGGCAGGGCGGCACGUGGAAGUCCAAGAAGAAGGCCGCGCGGUAG